CCUCGGAGCUCAGAAUUCCGGCGAAUUUUUUGCCGGAAAGGACGAUGUGAUCUCGUUUUUCCGAACGGCGAACUCAUGGAUGCUGAAGCAGACAGCCAGAGAGGAGAACAAAGUUUGCAUACAGACAUCCUGAUGGAUGUGGGGGAGCUGCAUGACGAGGAAUGUGGCACCAAGAUGCUUCUCCAGGAACCGAAUGGCUCCGUCGACAAGGGAAUACAACAUACUGAGUCCUCGAGUUUGUUCCCUGCCUAUCCAGUCUGUGUACCACAUGACAGAUGGACAAUGAGUGGAGAGAAAGAGGACGUCCAAGACAACUUGUUGCAUUCCUAUUGUACAGCAGGGGGCAGCAGAGGUCAGAGAAGUCCAAGUCCCAUGUUGAAGUGCUGGGUGUGUCCUGAAAACCAGCACAAUGUGAAAGACAGUCAAGUAAAGAAACCUGUCAACCCCUCCGUCUCUCCACAUUUAGACAUGCCUCAUUUGUCUAUCUCCAUUUCUGGUUCAGUCAGUGCCGUUGCUUGUCCCGAGGUGUCUGAUUUACUCUCUGACACCAGCAGUCCCUUUGGUUGUUUGUGUAGUUUGAACAGUUCAUCCUGGGACGCUCUGGGUUUCCCAUCCAGGAGUCCCGGCUUCUCUAACCAGGAUCCAGUCAGUGCCGCAGCUCACCUACACCUCCUCGGGGAGUCCUUGUCUCUGAUUGGACAUCAUCUUAAAGAGACCAAUAAAACGGUGUGUAUGUCGAGUAGCUUCUCUCUACUUUUGGACUCUCUGCUGUGUGCUUUGGGUCCGCUGAUGUGCCUCACCGCUCAGAUACCUGAGAUGAUAAGCUGCACAGAAUACACGCUGGCCUCCACUCUGGAAAACAUUGCUUAUGUGAUGCCUGGGCUGUAAGCGAAGAUGGAAGCUCAUACUGCUCAUACUGGUUGUAUACAACAAUGACACAUCAA